AUGAAGAAAUCCCCAGCUGGCAGCUGGUGUUCCUGCUUCAGCCUGGGAAAGCCAUCCUCCGUAGCCACACAUGAACUGCAGCACAAUGCCAGGGAGCCCUCAGAAACAGAGGUUGUGGUCCUGGCAGUUGAAUCGAGCCCUUGUCCACCCAGAAGAGCCACAGCAAGCAACAAUGAUGCACUGUGUGCUUCCAUCAAUGGAGAGCUCCUAAGAAGCACAAAUCGCUGCAGUUCCAGUGACAGCCUUCAUGACAACAGUGAUGGGCAGAAGAAGCUCAUCCAAGUUCAAGCUCUCAUUUCUCCCAGCUCUGCUGAAGACUCUGACCCUGCCGCUGUGCGCGGGAGCGGCGGUUGGGAGCCGGCUGUUGCAGGCGCGGCUCUCCUCACAGAGCAGCGGUCCGGCAGGCGAGCGCGGCGGCAACCGGAGCUGUCCGGGCAGCACCGGGCGGGAAGCCGCGGCUCAACGGGAGCGAGUGCUGAGGACAGCUCCGCCGGAGCAGCAGAGUGUUUCACAAGAGAGAAAAUCAUGGCGGCCAUGAACUGGCUUUCUGUGGUUGGUAAAGCUGUGCUGAGAUCUGGGCUGACUAUUGCAGCUGAAAAUGCGUGCCAAGUCUGCAGACACAGAGGAAUAAGUUUUCCCUGCAGAUGGAGCUUGUCUAAGCAAGGAGAGAUUUGAGGUGCUGUUUGGUAAUGGAAGAUGGAGAGAGGAAAAGCGAGUAAAAGGCAUGCUGUGCAUAGCCAGCGCAUCCCAUCUGCACCGUUGUUCCCAUGCACAAAGGAGGAGCAGCUCAGCAAGCUUGGCCUGGGCCGUGGAAGGGAGCAUACAAACAUCUGGACCAACAC